AUGGUCACCCACCAGCCCAGCUUCAGCCCACCCUCUCCAACUCCAGAACCUCUUCGAGGCGCGGCGCGACCGCUCCCUCUCUUUCCCCUGUCCGAGCUUGCCGGCCCAAGCCGGAGAAGCCGGAGCAUGACCAGGGAGGGAGCGAGGGAGCGGGAGCGCGCGCCGGACAGAUUCGCCGACGAGGCUGGUGGCGCUGGGGGCGAGGAGGAAGAACAGCAACAGCAGCAGGAGGAGGAGACUCACCGAAGUCUUCUGGUUGCGCUUUCGCUUCUGGUCUUGGUUGUGGGUGGGCUCUUGUGGGUGGGAAGGAGGACGAGGAAAUAA